CUUUUGUUUGUCUUUUUAGAGUUCUAUAUUUCUAUUUCAUGAUAUACCUCUUUAAUGACAUAAAAAGUACAAUGGACUACAAGGUUCCCUUUUUUUUUUGCUUUCCUUAUGAACAAGAAGGGUGUCUUUUCAGUAUUUAAAAAAGACAGUACAAGACAACCUUCCUUGUAUUGUCGUUGGACAGAACAAGAAGAUCAAUUAUUAUCAAACGCUAUUCAACUCUAUGGUCCUCAUGCAUGGACAUUGAUUGCUCGACAUAUUCCAGGCCGCACACCUGUCCAAUGUUCUGCUCGGUGGUUAGGUGCACUCAAUCCUCAAAUACAUAAAGGAAAAUGGUCCAAACAAGAAGAUGAUGCUUUAACAGCAGCCAUUGCUUCAUUUAAAGGCAAGGCCAUCGCAUGGAGCCAAGUAGCAGCAUCCAUACCAAACCGUACAGGCAUUCAAUGUCAAGCACGGUGGACAGAAGCACUUGAUCCUAAUGUUCGAAAAGGAAGAUGGAGAAAAGAAGAAGAUGAGAUGCUUCAGUUGAGAGUGGAGACAUAUGGGUGUUGUUGGAUCCGUGUAGCCGAAUCGAUUCCAGGUCGAACACAGCGUCAAUGCCGAACACGGUACCAUCAAAUCCAGUACAAACGACAACCACGCAAGCGAAAGAAGAAAAAAGAGCAAGAAAGAGCAAGUCCGAUUCAGUUGGUCGUACGAGAUCAAAUACCAUCUUUCUUGUUCAGUCGUACUACGGCAUCCAAUACAGACGAUGAGGAAGAUAAUGUGUGGUUUUUGUUGGAUAUGCUAUUAAAAUAGGAGUUGACCUUGAUCGAUACUAUAUGCUACUGGAACCAAUCGAUCUAGAUGAUUGCUCUUACUAAUUCUAAUAAUUCCGUUAUUUUGUGAUUGAAUUUCGAUCGAUUCUACAAAAUUCAUGUCAAUAUAUAUUACAAUUUCAUUUUCGUUGUACAGACAUAGAAUGUUUAUUAUUAUUAUUAUUAUUAUCAUAUACAAAC